AUGCCUCUCGACGACGACCGUAUACGGCAUUUGCCGAUCGACGACCGUAUACGCCAUCUACCCAUCGACGAUAACCGUCUACGCCAUCUCCCCCCAAUGGCUUCGUCACCACCCCCUCCGAAGCGAUACAAGUCGGAGUCCACGCCUGCCAGUGAUGCCGGUCGCUCCAGGUAUUAUCACUCCCAGUCCGUUUCCACGAGCGAGCGGGCCUCCUCGCGACAAACGUCCACCGCCAUGGACAUUUAUGUCAUUACUGAUCGCGAUCCAUCGGAGAGGGACCGCGACCGCGACAAGGAUCUUCGCGUCGGUCGUUUCACCAGCAAUGGCUCGGUCGCAUCCCGCUCCUCUCUCAUAUCACAAGCCUCGCGCCCGUCACCACCCAUCAUCAUCAACAAUCGCAAGAUUCCCGAGAAAUACCCCCCUGUAGAAGAGAAUGGUCGCCUGUACCAUGGUUAUCACAAGGGCAUGUACUUUCUCCCGUGUGACGAGGAGGAACAGGACCGAUUAGAUAUCUUCCACAAAGUGCUGACGGUCGCUCGCGCUUCGGAUGGGUUGAUUUAUGCGCCGCAUCCGCCUAACUCGCGCAUUCUGGAUCUGGGUUGUGGGACGGGCAUCUGGUGUAUUGAGGUUGCCAACAAAUACCCAGAUUCUUUCGUAGUCGGAACCGAUUUGGCCCCCAUUCAACCGACCAAUCGGCCCAAAAACUGCGACUUCCACGCUCCAUUCGACUUUGAAGGCCCCUGGGCGAUGGGUGAAGACUCCUGGGAUCUAAUCCACAUGCAGAUGGGAUGCGGGAGCGUGCAAAGCUGGGAAUCCCUGUACCGGCGUAUAUUUGACCAUCUUCGUCCGGGGGCCUGGUUUGAACAAGUGGAAAUCGACUUUGAGCCUCGCUGCGACGACCGUUCGAUGAACGGCCUAGCCUUGCGCCACUGGUACAACGCCCUCAAAGGUGCCACCGAACACCGGAAUCGACCGAUCGCACACAGCUCACGCGAGACCAUUCGCAACUUGCAGGACGCGGGCUUUACGGAAGUGGAUCACCAGAUUGUCGGUUUGCCGCUGAACCCCUGGCACAAGGACGAGCACGAACGCAAGGUAGCUCGGUGGUACAACCUAGCCAUGUCCGAGAGCAUUGAGGCCCUUGGCUUGGCCACUUUCUCCCGGGCUUGGGAAUGGCCAGUCGACAAGAUUCAGCGGAUAGCGACCGAUGUCAAAUCAGAAGCGUUCAACAAGGAUAUCCACUGUUACAACAUUUUACAUAUAUACCAGGCGCGCAAGCCGCUUGCCAAUUAG